AUGUUAUCAGCUGCCUCGAAUGCAGUCUCUUCUUUCUCGGCGUCCUUGAUGGAUGCCAUGAGUUCACGAAACCCGUCGGACAGUGAAACUCAAGACGCGACCGCUAUUGGAUCGGAAGAAGCUACCCCACUUUCACAAGCAUCGUCGCAAGAAAACGUCGCAGCUCCAAUGCCAGAUGAGAAACGGAGCUCGACUUUUGUUAACGAGGAUCAAACAGAGCGCAAACGCUCAGAUAGUCCUCAACGUCCUUCAAAUAUUCUUGAUUCUGCGCCUGCCCCACUUUCCGCUUCACCUAUACAAGCCUUGACUCUGGACCAUUUCAACGACUCCGAAGCGGUCACUCCCACUGUCAAAGAUACGACUUCUACAUUCCCUGAACGAAGCCCUUCUAUAUAUAUUCACAAUAACACGCCUCUUCCUAUUAUCAAUGGAACAAGCGAGAAUUCUCAGGAAACGUCAAGCGAAAAGGGAUCGAAUGGGUCUCUAAGCAUAUCUGACAAACAAUCAAGAGGAAAGGGACGAAAGAAAAAGAAACGGCCUGCCGCUGACCGUACAUUAAAGCAAGGGACGAACGAGGCUAAUGCGAGUCUUGGCGGAUUUACUCUGGCUAAUCCAAAGCGGAAUUCAGAAUUUCAUAUGUCUUUUAAGAAUUUGCCAGAGGAUGAUCAUUUUAUUGAUGCGAUUCUAUCUCCAUUUGCUUACAUUAUUGCUCUCGUAUCUUAUCUUUCUGUUUUGGACGUUACAGACUAUGGCUGUGCUUUACAGAAAGAGAUUUUGGUGCAAGGAAGACUGUACAUAUCAAUGAAUCAUCUUACUUUCAAUGCGAAUAUAUUCGGCUGGAUUACCAAUUUAGUCAUUCCGUUUUCGGAUAUAGUGUCGAUAGAGAAGAGAAUGACGGCUUUUGUUAUCCCGAAUGCUAUUCUUGUCUCUACUCUGCAUAGCAAGCAUUUUUUCGCAUCCUUCUUGGCUCGUGAUACUGCAUUCGAUCUAUUAAACAAAGUAUGGAAACAAUCUCAUCCAGCACUUAUGCUCACACCGUCAACUGAAGAUCCAAACGGAAUGGAAAGUGAGAGUGCUUGUUCAGCUGAAGAGGCCGAAGAAUCCGAUGAUGAGUUGGAUGGGGAAACUGUUUCAAAUAUAAAACCGAAACGCAAGAAAUUUACUCUGCCCAAACUUAAUCUCGACGCAAUGAAAUUCCGUAGCGAUACAAAUUCCGCUGAUCAACUAGAACCAGUCGUACGGGAAAUCCCUUCAACGGAAUCGCCAAGCGUGCCUGAGAAGCCACCUCCUGAAACGAAUGCACAAUCAACCCCUCCGUCUCCGAAGAAAUUGUUAGUGACUGAUUUGAAAACCAAAAGAGGAAGGCGGAGGUCUAAAUCUGAAGCUGCAUUGAAGGAUCUUAGUUUGAACGGGACACUUAAUUCGCCUAAUUCGCCCAACUCUGAUGGGUUAAGGAGGGCAAUAGGUGAAACGCAUUUGCCGGGUGCAAAUGUUGGGUUUAAAAAGAGGAGACAAUCCAGCGUUUGUGACUGUCUGAAAAGCGGAGAACAUCAUCCAAAUGUCGCUUUAGAUACGACGUUUACAGGCACUGUUGAGAAGAUAUACAAUCUGAUGUUUACAAGCGGAUUUAUGAGAAAAUUCCUCGAAGAGAAUGAAAAAUGUACUGACAUUAACCAAGGUGAAUGGGUAUCUGAACCUGAUGGCACGUUGGUUCGGACAUCGAGUUACAUCAUGCCACUUAGCGGCUCAAUUGGUCCGAAAAGCACCAAAUGUUAUUUAAGAGACGAAUGUAUAUAUCGUGACUUUGAUAACUACGUAUGCAAUCAGACCACCACGAGAACGCCAGAUGUGCCCAUGGGAAGUAGUUUUAGUGUGAAGACGAGAAGAUGCAUCAUGUGGGCUGGGCCGAACCAGACGCGUGUCAUAGUCACCUGUGCGGCCGAAUUUACAAAGUCUGGUUGGCUCAAAGGCACAAUUGAAAGGGCAUGUAUCGAUGGACAAAAAGAAUAUCAGAAACGUCUAGCUCACGCAAUCAGAAAGUACAUCGGAGCUCAUCCAUCUGAAUUUCAGGACGAUAUUAAAUCGCCAGUCAGAGAGCAAUUUGAAGGGUCAUCCUCAGAAGAAUACAAGGAGCAAGAGACCAAUGGCACGGACAUGGAUAUGGACUUGUCUGUUUCAAAUAGGGCUGGUCGACCUAAUAAGCAUCGUCUAUCAUGGUCGACUGGCAAUGAGGACGAUAUAGAAAAUCUGUCUCCAACAGCCAAAGCAAUUGCAUUGUUGGUUGACAUCAUUGAAAAUAUAACUUCUAUUGUAUCAGCUAUAAUCGAGAACAUGACUAUGCCUCGCAUGAAUUCAAUAAUAAUGUUCGCAUUCAUUUUUACGAUUAUAGUCAACUCAUAUAUGUGGUAUAAGAUGAAUCAACUAAGCGAGAGAUUAGACCAAAGACCAGUAGGUCUAAGAAGUGAAGACAUUCCGUUACUGAACUUUGAAUCUAUUAUGGAUGAGCUAACUUUAACAGACAAUAAAAUUCUCGUAGAAUGGCUAAACAGCAGACUAAAUAAGGAUGAGCGUGCCCAAAUUUUAAAUAAAAUAUCCGCCAAGCGAGAAGCACUACGUACGGAAGACGGUGAAAAUGCUACAUCAGACGAAACAAGUGAUGAACAAUCGGAGAAGGCAUCAUCUUUUUCAAUGGAAAAUCCAUCAGCAAAUAGCUUAUAUUCUCAGAUUGAAGAUUUACAUCGAUUAAUACAAGUGGCAGAACUGCGCUCCAAGAGAUUGGUCGACAUUGUUAACUUGUCAAAACUUUUGCACAAAAAAGAGGGUAAUAAGGAUACUGAGAACGAAGAGCUGUGA